AUGCCGAGAGUCCUCAUCUUCACCGGCGCCCCGGAGGCCGACUGGUCCUCCCCGGACCUCCUCCUUCCUUCCACUUCCGCUCCGGCUCCGACACCAACCUCAGACUCCACAUCAACACCCGCCGCCGCCCCGGCCUGGCGCUCCCUCGCCCUCCACCGCCAGCCCCUAGUCACGGGCUUCUCCCAACCACACGGUCUGCCCUCCGACUUUCUCCCUCCCGCACACUUCUUCUCCCUCUCCCUCAACGCAGACUCCCAGCAAGACACAACCGCCGGCGCGUCCCAGGAGCUCCUAUCGCAGUUCUACGACCAAUCUCUCGCCCUGCAUCACGACCUCGCCUCUUCCCAGCUCCCUCCCCCGCCAACACCAUCACGUCCCGGCGCCCCCGGCGGCCGCCGCGUGCCCUCAUCAACGGCAGGGCAACACACGGAGUCGUUCAACACGACAGCCACAGACUCCUUCGUCUCGGAAACAACAGACUCCUUCCAGGACACCACCGCCAACCUGACGACAUCCAGCGCCCGCCCCCCGCUCGUGACGUCCCACCACCUGAGCGACCUGGAAGACAUCCCCCCGGGCCCGGACCUUCUCCGCCUCGCGCCGCAGACGGUGACGGUGAACCUCAUUGCGGGGGUCAUAUCCGUUUCGGAGCCGCGCGGCGUCAAGACGCGCUGGGGGAACGAGCUGUCGCUCGUCGAGGUGCUCGUCGGCGACGAGACGCGCGCCGGGUUCGGCGUGACGUUCUGGGUGCCGUCGGACGGCGGCGGGGGCCGGCGGGACCCGAGCAUGCCGACGCAGCUGCGGAGGCAGGACGUGGUCCUCCUGCAGAACGUCGCGCUGCACGUCUUCAGGGGCAAGGUGUACGGGCAGAGCCUGCGCAAGGGGCUGACGAGGACGACGGUGCUGUAUCGGAGGAAGCUGGGCGAGGACGACGAGGGCGGGUAUUAUCGCCGGAGAGACCUGGAGACCGGCGGCAGGGAGGGGACGCAUCCGCAGCUGGUCAAGACGAAGAGAGUGUGGGAGUGGGUGCUGAAGUUUGUGGGUGGCGAGGAGAGGACCACCACCAAGGGGAAGAAGAGGGGUUGGGAUGCGCCGCCUGAUGAUACCCACAACAGCAACGGCACCGCCCUUGCCCUCCUUCUUGACGCUCUUCCACUGGAGACCCAGACAGGUGACGAAGGCAGCGCACGCGCAAGCGAGCGUGACGUAGAACGUGUGCCUCAACCCGACCAUGUAGGCCUCCAGCACGAUCGGAAUCAAGUCUGCGCGGCCCAUCUGGGUGAGGAUGCUGCGGACCUGGUCGGCUCCGGAGUUGAUGAAGAUGGUGGGGUCGAUGUCAGGAGCAUUCUGGGUGACGCCCUCAAUGAGCCCCGUCUGGAAGAGUGUCUGAGCGACAGCAAUCAUGAUGGCGCCGCCAAAGGACUGGAAGAACUGCACGCAGGCCGUGGCGACGGGGACAUCCUCCUGGGGCAGUACGGUUUGGACGACGAGCACGCCGAUCUGGAAACCCGCACCGAUGCCGAGGCCGGCGAGGACCUGGUAGCCGAACCACUCGCGCAUGGGCGUGUCGACGUCAAAGGUCGUGAUCAUGCCAGCACCGACGGAAAACAGAACCAUGGAGGGGAGGAUGAUGGCGUUAUAGUAGCCGAUGGCGGAGAUCAACGCGCCGCUGACAAUGGAGGCGACGACGGUGGCCAAGAGAAGGGGCAGGAUCUUGAUGCCGGCCUGGACGGCGCUGACACCUUGGAUGGCCUGGAAGUAAAGCGCUGGUGGUUGUCAGUGUGCUGUAUCGAAGACGACUCGCUGGAGAGAGAGUACUUACACAAGUAG